GUGUUGCAUGAAGGUUGGGGAGUCAGCGAGAGAGGAGAAUUGACAUUCGAGGUCAUUUCCUCUUCGGACAAAUGAGACAAAGCUGCAAAUUUCAUGUCUAAAUCGAGCAAAGGAAUGACGGAAAGGAAAAUGAGGAAGACGUUUAUUUGCAACGAGUCGAUGAUCAUCACCAUCCCAAUCGGAAGCCUGAAGGACAUUCAGGAGGGUCAGCUGAUGCCGGAGAACUUCCACUGUGUGUUCAGGGACAACUUCAAGGUGUUGGUUGUUCGAGGAAAGCCAAAACCUCUGGGGGCAGCUCAAGCCAUUGCUGGUGUGUUUAUUUUCGCUCUUGGGUGGAUUUUGCCAUCAGUGGGGACCUUAAAUGUCACUAUUCCAAGUGUUGUGUUCUUGAUCUCUGGCAUGGUGUCCUUUGCUGCAGGGAAAUGUCCGAACAUGCAUGUGACCAAGCUAUCGUUCUCCCUGAACAUCGUCAGCUUCUUCUGGUCACUGGUGGCUUUUGGUCUCUGCAUGAACAUUUUUAAUCCAUGUUGUCACCCGCAUGGUCCGAGAAUUGCUAAUGGGAUUAUUGGCCUCAUCUUAACUCUGCUGGUGUUUGAAUGCAUGAUGGCGCUCUUCUUGAUCUACUGGCUGAGUAAAGCUGUGUGCAGAGAACAUUUCAACACCUUGCCCAUCAUAUUGCUGAAGCAGGAGAACUGAAUGAUGAACACAGAAAUAAUCAACUCCUGUGUACGUUUUUAUUUUGCUGCCUUUAACUUUUUUUUUUUUUUUUUUUGUGCUCAAAGGCAAAUAGCAGGAAAGUCUGUUUAAAAGAACAUGGAGAUAAUGUGUGUUCCAAUACAUUGCUGCUAAUAAUCACAGUAUGCUUGCUUCUGUAAAGUUCCUAUUGUAUUUCAAUCCAUGGAAUAAAAUUGUAGAACAAGUUAAAUGAGGAGUUCAAGUCAAAAUUUAAUACAAUGUAAAAAAAAAUAUAGGUUCAUCUGAAAAUGCGUUACGAGUUUAUGGGUUGGAGUUCAAGUUUCUUACUUCUUCCUGCAACUUUUUGAGCAUGUUAAGAUUAUUGUGGUGUAAAAAUAUGUCUUUUGCAUUCCUUGCUCCUGUGUGUGAUUUUAUACUUCUGUCACAUUCAAAAUAAAUAAUUUUCACUUACCUGUGGUAAAAUAAAUAAAUGAAUACUGAACUCUGUAACUAUU